UAAAUAAACGCACCCUUCUGAUGUUCAGGAGGUCCUGCAUUGACACCGUUUCCGCCUUGUUUGUUCCCUCAUCUGGUGACCCCGACGUGAUCCAGAUCCCUCAGCACCCUGCUUACGCGACUGGAACAGUCUUCUUAGUGCACUCAGCUUCGGCUCCCUCGUUGCGCUGGUCCAGACGAACAUUGCCAGUGGAAAGCCAACUCGCCCGUUGUGGGUACCUGCCCGCUGUGUUCGACCCACCCAGGAUGUCGUGGCAUCAAGGUCUGUCCAACCCGAUCCCGAACUUCGGUCUCCACCUGAAGGAGAGCUUCCCGGCACAGCCCCGACAACGAGGCAGCAACAGGAAGAACAACCCGCCAGUGACCUGGGGAAUGGUGAAGAAUCUGGCAGCGCAGGCGACCGUGCUCCUGGAGCAGGAGGAAAAAGAAAAGACCCCUGAGAACUUUCUGGCAGCCGUGUUUGCAGCCCUGAAUGCAAAUUCUUGCCUUAUUCUGUUUUGUUAUUUCUUCUGCCUUUUUUAUGUACCUACUGAAGCUUUGCCCUUGGCUUCCCUUUCACACCCCAACAUGUGGGUCCGUCACGCGUAUUAUAUGUUUCACACCCAUGGAACCAAUGUCUCCCUGAUAUAUGAGCACCCUUUAUCUGUGUCCCACCUGUCCUUUUUGCCCACCCCCAUCAAUAGCCCGGAAGUAAUUGUAGGCCAGAUGCAGAACCUUAAGCGGUCCAUGCUAUUUUCCGACCCCCCCGGUGAAUUGAAUGCAACGACGUUCCGUCUUUUACGGUAUCGUCGCGCGCUCCCAGGCCUUUGCUUCUGUUGCCAUAAUUCUGGCACCUGGGAUAACAAGUGGAAAGAUCAUAAAAAGGUGGGCUAUUGGAGAAAAGGCGCAGGCAACUACUCGGGAUGUACUGAUCGGUUUUACUUGUAUGGAACGUAUAAUAAUUCUUACGUGUUUAAUGUAACAGCUUUGAAUGGCUCUUUAGAUGAUCUUUACACCGCCUUCCCCAUGUUCACUCCCAACUUGACUGGCCUCUCUGGGGGCUCCAUCUGCAACGGAUGGCAAAUCAAGGACCCCAACUUAUGGUUCUUUUUUAACUCCACUGCCACAAACUAUCAUCCCGGCCAACACCUGUGCGCGGCAGUGGGCUACCUAACGCUUCCGGUGCAAGUUGUGACACCGGCAGCAACCCGUCCCAGCCCGCAACGAGCCCGUAGGGAGGCCAUGGGGCCGCAGUGCCAAGAUGAGGUCAUUGUGGGACCUCAACUCUCUGAGGGCUCUUCGGGCGGGCGGGCCUUCGCAGGUUUGUUUACUGGAUUUCUGACUCUUGGCUCCUAUCCAGGAAUCAUAGCGCAGGAAAACCGGCGGUCCAUUAUUGGCCUCACGUGCCGCUUAGAAAAAACCAUCAAUGCUACUGGACGCAUAGCUCGCGACCUCCAGGAGGAACUAGCUGGCCUCCACCAAGAUCAAAUGCAGCUUCGAUUUGCAGUAGACUUUCUUUUAGCUAAGAGUGGAGGAUUCUGCUCUGUUGUAGGCUCCUCUGGCUGUCAGGUACACUACCAUGAUUUAAACCGCACAAUUGAAGAUGAGCUUGCUCAUCUGCAAUCCCUGAUCACAAAUAAUGUGGCAGGCGCCCAGAAUCCCUUCGCCUGGCUUUGGGACUGGUUGCCUGGCCUCCCUUGGCUUCGCUAUGUCCUCCUGACUAUCGUCGGUGUAUUGAGUGUCGGGGUUCUGCUAUGUUGCUGUAUACAAUGUGUCCCCUCCUUUUUUACCCUCCUCCGACCACACGCUCCUACACGCCGAGAGCUUUAUUAUGCAUAUCACCGUGUGAAAACAGAAAAGGGGGAGAUGUAGGCUGAUAAGGGUAAACACCCCACCCAGGACUGGCAUACCAUACUGGAAUGUGGCGGUCGCACCCUGAUAAG